GAUUGAUUGUGAAAUGCCCGCGUAGCGCGGUAAGGAGCAGAGAUGUUUAGAGCAAACGCCGAAGGCCUGAAGAUCAUAUGGAUUGAUAGGCGCCUCAUUCCGGGCUCCGGUAACAGGUGGGGUGCCAAGGACCCCCCUGAUCGAAGCAAAAAUCAGACCCUGUUCUCUGAGUUUCUGUCAGUCAUCGGUUUUGUGGUUAGCGUGGACACAUUGUUUGCAGUGAUUCCUGAACAAGUUCAGCCUCAUGUCUGCACACCGCUUCAACCAGGAACACUUGGAGCUUUUCUUCAGCUCUGUCAGAGCAUCAGACACAGCAGCCCUCGAGGCCCGGAGUUUCCCAUUCCUGUUGUAGACUCUGGGGUCUAUUCAUCUAUGGUCCAAGUUCAGUCCAAGAACCCAAGACAACUGAGGCUCAGAUCCUCUGCUCGACAUCUACCACUACCUCAGCAAAGCUCUAAGCAUCACCAAAGACUGUCUCCACCCUGGAUAUCUCCUGUUGCCUUCUGGGAAAUGAAGCAGUCUUGGACUGGGGCACUUGUGUCAAAGUCACGGCCCGGGGGCCGGAUCCGGCCCUCCAGAGCUGCGGCUCAUGGAAACGGAGUGAAAGGAGACCAAACCUACCGCUGCUUUCUUUUCUGUUCCGCUGGGAUCACCUGAAAGGCGACGAUCAGGGCUAAAUGUCACAUCACCUCUGGAUGGAGUCUGACGGUUAUCAGAAGAGACGUACGUUUAAAAGAUCUCCUUCUGGGUAAAUUGUGUUUGAUUGGAGCAGAUUCCUGAUGUUUCUAUUUUUUUACCCCUUAAUGUCUGUUGUUGCACAUAUACGACAAACCACUUUGGCUUUAAAUAAUCUAAAUGUAGCAUCUACUUAAAAGCAAACGCAUAUGUGAAUUUAUUUAUUUAUUUAUUUUUUGGUUGCUCAAAAUAACUUCAAACGCUAAGGAGUUAAAGCUGGUCUAAUUUCAAGACUAUAUUUUAUAGUACGAUAUAGUUAUAUUAAACUCUAUUCCUAAAUAUAUGGAGGAUUUGACCUUUAGUUCUGAUUUGUAACUUUUUUUGUGUAGCAUACACACUGUAGAGUUUUCAAAUGACAUUAUAAAUAGAAUAAAUAUCUAUUUUGUGGAACAUUGCUUAUUUUACUGUGUUUGGUUGGAUGAACUUCCUGUUUUAGAUUCUUUGUAACCUUAAAGAUCCACUCUGAUCAUCUUUUGAUCCAUUUUUAAAUCAUUCCCAGUUGUUUUUUAGUUAUGGUUAUGCCAUUUUUAGCCAAAAUCCAUAACGCUGUUGUCUCCAGGACAUAGUUUCUGCAGUAGAUAAUUAGAAAAUUGCCUCUGAGGUUAGGGUGGGUCGCCCGACUUCCCCUCCACCUUGCUGAGAGCUCUCUGUUUCCACGCUCUCCCACUAGCCUACAGCCCCUCACACCUCCACCCCAACAUUAGUGGUACAACAAAAACGGCGACAAAUACCAGAGCUAUCCAGCUGUUAAGAUCCAGAUUCCGGCUCAGACCAGGAACACAAAGACGUUCAUGGAUCUGUUUCACGGAGCGGGGAGCUUGUGGCCCCGCCCAGAGUAUUUUCUACAAUAAAAAUACAAUAUUUCUCCAGCUUUGUUUUUUUCCUGAUUCACAAUAAUUUGAAUAAAGAAAUGCUCAGAAAUCCAUUUUUUUGUAUUUCUAACUCCAUGAGGACUAAAACUCUUAAUUUGAGUGGAUCUUUAAACUGAACAUACGUUCCUUAUUAAUGUUGAUGUUUUCAUUUAAAGCAAUUAAUUCAGCCUGGAACAGAAUUAAACAACAGCAAGAAUCCAUUGUGCUGCCAAACGUUUUAACAACUGAAUUCAUUUUGUGAUCAUAAAAAACUAUCAAAAUGUACAAAACUUCCUUUUUCUACAACACCCCUGAAAUGUUUCGACAAAUUUGUAUUCACCUUCUAGGUCCUACAUUUAUGUUAAGUUUUGUUCUUAUUCACACCUGUUGUGAUUGAAAACAACUCCUCAUUAUUGUGUAUAGAGCUUGUGUUUCUAAUCUAUUACUUCAGUCUUCAGGUUGAAAGCCUCCAGCCUGUCGCGGUUUCUCAUUUUUUAUCCAUGAUUUUCCUGCUUUGGAGCCCUCAUUUAUAAACUUUUCUGUAGCGAUUUUCGACUUGAUCUGCAGUCUGCCUUUCUGCAUGUUUAAACGCAGGUUCAUAGAAAUUUCAUGGUGGAUGAUCUAACAGUAAUUGGUGUUCUUAACACACGGUGCUAAACUGAAGACUUCAGAAGAAAUGAAAAAAACGCAUUUCCCAGAGUAACAGCAAAUUGUAGCACUUUUCCAGUCAAACCACUCACACUGCUGUCAGGAUUAAGGAGAGCAUAUAUUUUAUUUGGCACUGAACUAAAAAUUUUUAUAAAACUAAAAAAAAAAAAA